GCAGAGCUCUCUCAGUUCUAAAAAAUCACAGCAACAGUCAACAUCUCGCAAAAAAUACGAUAAUCCAAAAUUUCACAAGCUUGAUAGAAAAUAACUAAGCUAAAUAAAUAUAAAAUACAUCAAGACCUUAAAUUCAGACUACGAAAUAAAAAAUUUGAAAUAUUAUAUUUCAAAAGACAACCGAAUAUUUAAAAGCAUAUAUAUCAUCUGAAAUUACAUCAGACAAUCCCCACUAUAAUUAACUAUAAUCAUCAUACCAUAAUGCGUUCCCUACCGAUGUUUUUGCGCAUGGCGGAGGAGAUGACCAGGAUGCCACGCCUCUCCUCGCCCUUCCACGCCUUCUUCCACGAGCCGCCCCUUUGGAGUGUGGCUCUGCCGAGGAACUGGGAGCAGAUUGCCCGCUGGCAGGAGCAGCAGUUCGCCCCACCGGCCACCGUCAACAAGGAGGGCUACAAGCUGACCCUGGACGUCAAGGACUACAGCGAGCUGAAGGUCAAGGUGCUGGACGAGAGCGUCGUCCUGGUGGAGGGCAAGUCGGAGCAGCAGGAGGGCGACCAGGGAGGCUACAGCUCCCGGCACUUCCUGCGCCGCUUCGUCCUGCCGGAAGGAUACGAGGCCGACAAGGUGACCUCCAGCCUGAGCAGCGACGGCGUCCUGACCAUCAGUGUGCCCAAUCCCCCGGCGCUGCAGGAGACCCUCAAGGAGCGCGUGGUGCCCAUCGAGCAGACCGAGGAGCCGGCCAAGAAGACCGACGAGGAGCCGAAGGUCGAGAGCAAGCAGUGAUAUAAAGAACUUCGAUGCUAGUGAAGCCCUUAGUUAUAGUUAGAUCUUCCCAUCUCUACCAAACAAAAUUCAAAGACUUGUAAAAUGAAUAAGUUAAUUCGUAAACCUUUAAGAUUGGUUAACUCCUUAUGUACAUUUAUGUAGAAAAGAAGGAAAUACAUUUUAAAUUGAAUAUUAAGCAAAA